UUCCCUACGGUUACGGUGCCCGCGUAUCAACACCAACGCCAGCAGCCCACCCAUCUCGUCGCAUCAAACGCUCUCGGUUAAUUUUUUUUUUUUUUUUCGAAAUGCGCUUCUCCACAACCGCCCUGCUGGCGCUGCCGGUCCUGGCGUCUGCGGCCGCUGAGAGCCCGUUCGAGCAAUACAAGGCCAAGUUCCAGAACUUCCUCAGCAGCUUCGGCGCGGCGAUACCCAACGCGGGCCAGGCCGCCGACCAGGCCGCUGGUGCGGCUUCCAGCGCCGCGGCGGGCAAGGCGGGCAAGGCCAAGAAGGUGGUGGAGCCCAAGAAGAUCGAGACGCUCACGCUCGAGAACUGGAAGGACACGCUGUACGGGCCCGUGCAGGCCGACGCGACCAAGCCUGAGGAGUGGUUGGUUCUGUUGACCGGGCGGAACAAGACGUGCUACGGCCAGUGCGGCAAGAUCGAGGCGGCCUUCAACGAGUCGGCGCUCCCCUUCGCGGCGCUCCCGGCGUCGCAGCCGUCGCCGCACCUGGCAUCGGUCAACUGCGACGACCAGCCGGUGCUCUGCAACAGCUGGUCGGCCAGCACGGGCGGGCUGUGGCUCUUCCAGGUGGCGGCGCCGCCGGCGCCCGUCGAGAUCCUGGCCAAGCGCGUGAACCUGACGACGGUCACGGCCCAGGACGUCGUCGACGCGUACACGGCCGCCAACCGCACCGAGGCCGGCUGGCGCACCAUCCCGCCCGACGGCUACUUCCACCCGACCGAGGGCAAGCUCGCCAAGCUCGGGCUCGCCGUGCCCCUGGGCUACGUCUUCUGGGCCCUGAACGCCAUCCCGUCGUGGGGCAUGAUGUUGCUGGUGUCGUUCCUCAGCAGGACCAUGAUGAACCGCCGCAUGGAGGGCCUUGGCAACCGGCCCGCUGCCCCCGCCGCGCCGCGCGCCGCUCCUCCCGGAGAUGCCCGUUCAUAAAUGUGAUGAAGGGGCUUGAACGAAUGAACAUUGGGAUCUGUUUGUCUUAUAUGUUGGAUAGGGUCAUUCAAAUGUUAGUACUGUAAUUACUCAGUAGGCCGCCUCUGUUCUGUU